AUGGCAGCUCCGGGCGAACGUUUCCACGUUCUUGCUCAACUCGAACAUCUCCAGUCAAAGUAUACAGGCACGGGUCACGCAGAUUUAAACCGGCACGAAUGGCUUGUCAAUCAGGUCGGUUUUUUUUAAACUUUUUUUAAAGCAUUUUUAUAUAUUCAGCAUCGUGAUACUCGAGCGUCGCAAAUGUCGCAUCCAGGAGCUAAUUCGUUCAUUGCGAUCGUCGAAAACGAGAGCCGCGCAAGAACUCGCUUCAAUCUUCUCAACAGAAUGAUUCUUCCAUGUGGGCCUCCGCCAGAGAAAAGCGCCCUUGAUGAUUUGUAA